AUGUCUUACUCUAGAUCCAGAUACAACAAAAAGUCUCUUAGGCAAGACAGAGGUUAUGCCAGAAGAAGCCAGCACGCAAGAUCCGACCGCCGUCCUGGCCAUUACUCUUCUCGCUAUGGCAGAAACCAAAGAUACCACAAAUAUCACUACCCUCAGCCUUCUUCGAGCAAAGUGUACAUUGAAGAACCUGAAACUGAGUCUGAAACCAGCUCUGAGAGCGAAUACGACGGUUAUGCUCAAUCUGAUUCUGGCGAAGAAGAAGAAGUGUACGACUUCGAGUUGGCUCAGAACUCCGACUCUGACUCCGAGUCUGAUUAUGACUCCCAAUUAGAAUACGGUAUCGACUCCGAGGAAGAGUUUGAUUUCGAUUCUGAGCCAGAGAGCGAAUACGAAGAAGUCUUCGUCAUUCCAGAAGACUUUGACGAUGCCAUCGACAUGAACGAUCUUUUGGAGCUUGAGGCUUUAGACGCUUUGGAAGCUGAAGGCAAGGUCAGAGAUGUCAACAAUGACUUGGUCAGAUUCUACGACUCGGACUCGGACUCGGACUCUGAACUCGACCUGGAAUCUGACAGUGACUCCGACUCUGAUGAAGAAAUUCUUCUCAUUGACGGUGUUUCUUCCAGCUCUGACAGCGAGUCUGUUACCGACUUGGAAUUGGCCACCGACUCUGAAGACGACGUUGAAGAUGUGAGACAAUAUUUUGCUGAUGAGCUUGUCUCUAGCGACGAAGAAGAUGUUUCUGUCUCUGAAGUUGAAUCCGAUGACGAUGUUUUCUUUGAGGUUGACUCCGAAUACUCCUCUUCUGAUGAUGAAGAAGACGUUGAUGCUGGUGAUGCUUCUCAAUACGACUACUACGUCAGUGACUCUGACUCUUCUGACGAUGAGGGUAUCACUAUUUAUGAACACAAGUUUGAUCUCCCAGAUCGUUACGACAGCGACAACGACUCUACAGACGCUGAAUUGGAAUACUCCGAUGACGAGGGUUUGUUGAUGGCGGAAGAUUCUGACGAAGAGUUUGAAAUCGUCGACUUGACCAAGGACUUGAAAGACUCCAAAGACUGUGAGUUGGUUGAAGUUGAUGAGAACACUUACAAGUUGAACCUCAGAUUGCCUUCCAUGAUUAAGGAGGACUUGAAGGUUGACUUUUUGAAGAACAAAAACGAACUUGUCAUCAGUGGCAAGUUCAACUUUACCGGUGAAGAAUCCGACAGUGAAGAGGAUGAAGAAUACCAGAGCGCUGAAGAAUCAAAGGAUGAAGAAAAGAAUGAGGGUAAAGCCGAAUCUGAAUCUGAAUCCAGCUCUGAAUCUGAAUCUGAAUCUGAAUCUGAAUCUGAAUCUGAGUCCGAAUCCGACUCUGAGUCCGAUUCUGAGUCCAGCAGCUCUGAAUCUAGUGAAUCUAGCUCGGACGAAGAGUCUGAUUCUGACUCUGAAUCCGAUGAAGAAAUCGCCGAAGACGCUCAAGAAAUGAUCAAGGACUUCAAGAACCAGGAAAUCCAGUUCGAGAAGCACUUCCAAUUCGACAAGCUCAUUAAAGGUGACCAGAUUAAAGCUACCUUCUUGCCUAACGGCGAGUUGGAGUUGAUCAUUCCAAACGAAGGUGUUGCUGUCAACAAGGAUGACAACACUAUCUCGAUUGCCAUCAAUGAACAAAAGGCUAUCGAAGAAUCUGAGGAGACUCCAGCUGCUGGCGUUGCCGAAGUUGUUAGAGAGGAUGUUGAGAUGGAAGCUUAA